AUGUCCAGCCACGAGGACGAGCCGCCGGUUGGCCAAACUGAGCUGAACGACUUUGGCAAGCUCACCUAUCAGUUUCUCAAGUUCGGUCAGAAUGCCAGUAGCAACGUGUCCAAUGCGUUCAACGACAUGACUAUCCAUCAGUGGCUACGUCUCGUCGUCAUUGUGGGCGCCUACCUGCUCCUCCGCCCCUAUGUCACCACAUAUCUCGGCAAGAGGCAAGUCGAGAGCAUGGAGAAGCAGGACAAGGCGGAAAAGGAAAAGGCCAAGAUCUCACCCAACCAGCUUCGCGGGGAAAAGGCCGGGCCUUAUGAGGAGGAGGAGCACGACGACGACGACGAGGGCGCUGAAGCCACGGGCGUGUCUGGUUGGGGCGCCAAGGCGAGGACGAGGCAGCGUGUCAUGCUGAAGAAGAUGCUCGAGGCUGAGGAGAAGAGGCGGUGGGAGGAGGAGGAGGACGAAGACAUUGCCGAUCUUUUGGAAGAUUAA